AUGACCACAAUCAACCUCGAGAAGCCGAACAUUGGUGUCUUCACCAACACCAACCAUGACCUCUGGGUCGCCGAAUCGACUCCGUCGCUGGCCGAUGUGAAGGUUGGGAAAGGCCUGAAUGCUGGCCAGGUGACUGUCGAAGUCCGCAGCACUGGCAUUUGCGGAUCCGAUGUCCACUUCUGGCACGAAGGCUGCAUUGGUCCGAUGAUUGUCACCGGCGACCAUAUCCUGGGCCACGAGUCCGCCGGCCAGGUCGUCUCCGUCGCUCCCGAUGUCACCCACCUGAAGCCCGGCGACCGUGUCGCCAUUGAGCCGAAUGUUAUCUGCAACGCCUGCGAGCCGUGUCUGACUGGUCGCUAUAACGGUUGCGAAAAUGUCCAGUUCCUCUCCACCCCACCCGUCGACGGUCUCCUGCGCCGCUACUUCAACCACCCUGCCACCUGGUGCCACAAGAUCGGAGACAUGAGCUACGAGGAUGGUGCCAUGCUCGAACCCCUCAGUGUCUCCCUGGCUGCCAUUGAGCGCAGUGGUCUGCGCCUAGGAGACCCCUGCCUGAUCACCGGCGCUGGUCCCAUCGGCCUCAUUACCCUCCUCAGUGCCCGCGCCGCUGGUGCCACGCCCCUCGUCAUCACUGAUAUCGAUGAGGGACGUCUGGCUUUUGCCAAGUCGCUGGUGCCGGAGGUGCACCCCUACAAGGUGCAGACCAGCCAGUCGGCUGAGGAGAACGCGACGGGAAUUAUCGCUGCCUUCAAUAACGGCCAGACGACAGGUCCGGACGUCCUGCGACCUCGCCUGGCGCUGGAGUGUACCGGCGUCGAGAGCAGCGUUGCCUCCGCCAUUUGGAGCGUCAAGUUCGGCGGCAAGGUCUUUGUGAUCGGCGUGGGCAAGAACGAGAUGAAGAUUCCCUUCAUGCGCCUUAGCACUCAGGAGAUCGACCUGCAGUACCAGUACCGCUACUGCAACACCUGGCCGCGCGCCAUCCGUUUGGUCCAGAGCGGUGUCAUCAACUUGAAGAAACUGGUGACCCACCGUUACAUCCUCGAGGAUGCCCUCAAGGCGUUUGACACGGCCUCCGACCCGAAAACUGGCGCUAUCAAGGUGCAAAUCAUGAGUUCGGAGGAGGAUGUGAAGGCUGCGGUGAAUGCGGCCCAGUCGUGAUAGAAUUCUUCCCCUUCCUUUUUUCUUUUAUUCUUCUAUCCUUCUGUGCUAAGGAUUGGCCGUCCCCCGUUU